AUGAGUUAUAGCGAUUUCACCCUAGAAUCAGUCCUGACAGCGUUUCAACUAAAGAAGGUUGAAUCCGCAGGCCUCUUUUCUGAAAUAGAGCCGAUGCCCCCAAGUGCUUAUCUCACAACAGGGCUGGCGAAAAAGGUAGCCUUAGCAGCCGCCAUUGGGACCGAAAAGGCACGCUCUGAACUCAUUGUUGCCGAUGUCCUGGUUGAACUCCGGGAAAAGUCCAACUACCGCAUCAGUUUCUUUUCGGGAAUUGAUUUUAGUGUCGAUCCUGAAAAUGAUUUAACGGGGGUUUGUGAUUUUUUGGUAAGCUUGUCACCGGGUCAACUCCUUUUAGAAGCCCCUCUUAUCAUUCUUGUUGAAGCAAAAAAGGACGAUCCGAAACUCGGGAUCGGACAAUGCAUCGCCGAAAUGCUUGCCGCACAACGCUUUAAUGCUGAAAAAGGAAACGAUAUCCCUUCUAUUUACGGUGCUACCACUACAGGGACAGAGUGGCAAUUCCUCAAAUUGGUGGAUAAGAAUCUACAGAUUGAUAUGGAAAUCUAUCCAAUUCAGCAGUGCGACAAAAUCCUCGGUAUCCUCUCUAGCAUGGUAAGUCAAGAAGCAUAA